AUGGGGCUACCUGGCCUGAUCACGCGCAGACGACUGAUCACGCAAAUCGCCAAACAGGGGAGCGUACCAAACCAUCUCCUAAUUAAAUUGUACCUGUACAACGUGUCGAGGAUAAACAUCGAUGUGUAUUACGACAUCGUCUCUGCGCUGAAACAGGAUGAGCCGCGGGGUCAGCAGGAGACUCGAAUUUUUAAUGUGCCCCAUUUCUCGGACGCCAACUUAAUUCUGUACAAAUAUUUCCAGUACUUACAUCCACGAUGUGAUAAGAACAAGUUACUAAAAUUAAUGCUCCUUCUGUACGAUAAGAAGUUACGAGAGUACAACGAUAGGAAAAUUUAUUUUUAUAACUCGUGUGUGCAUGUGCACAAUUUUGUCUUCCAAAAUCUUUUUUACUAUCAUUCGAAUUUUUCCUACUUGAGGAGAGGAGAUGGGAAGAGCGUCCAUAGCAAGUACACUCUGCACACAGAUUUUUUCCUAUACACAUUGGACUUUUAUUUGUUUCAUUUGUCAAAGAAUUGCAAAUUUCUCAGCAUCGAGCAAUUGAAUGUUCUUUCGAAUAUUUAUGCAAAUGUGAGUAUCUCUCCGGAUGUCCACUCAUGGGAAGACAUCCCCCGGAUUGGAAGUGAAUAUAUACAGGGGGAAACCCGCGCAAAGCAGUCCUCGCCGGAAGCGGCAAACAGAGUUGAAACGAAGGUAAACAACAAAAUAUGCCUCCUAUUCAUUCACAUAUCGAGGGGCAUCAUCGCCCAGACGCAGUCCUACAUUGCGAGAAAAUGCACCGCUUCGCGAGAAGAGGUCAGCAUGCCCAUGAAAGUAACACAUACGAAUGUUACCAUAUGUAAGACAAUUUUAAAUCGCCUCUUAAACAAAAGCAUCUCAGAACAACAUCGAGAAUAUGUCAUUUUGAGAAAGAAAUACAAAAAAAAGCUGCUAAAUGUGAACACUUUAAAAAAUUACCUGAACAGUGUUAAACAUUUGAAUAUUAUUAACAUAAAAAAAUAUGUCUACAUCAUCCUUUACCUUUAUUCUGAUGCAUUCCUAUUUAAUAAGUCGGUUUACUUUUCCUCUCUCAUUUUUUACAUUUUACAAAAAUAUAAUUUACAGCACACGUACCUAUUUAACAUCCUAUUUAUCAAAUUUAACUUAUUUUUUUCGAAUUACAAAACGUUGAAUGAGUAUAAAAAAAGGGUGUUGCUUGAUGCACUUGGGAGAUAUAUCGAUUCCCUUCUGACAUUUCGAAUUAAGCAAUGUGAUCAUGGGAAAGGCAAAGCAAAACAGACAGAUAUAAGUCCCGGGGGGGAUCACCCAGAAGAAUUUUUCUCCCAUAUGUAUCACAACGAAUUUGUAGAGAAUGUACACAUUUAUAGAAAACUCCACGAGGAGGAGUACAAAUGGAAAGGAAAUUAUCCCAAACAUUUUACAUACUUUGAAAAUGCCCUCCUCAAUUUGUUCACAUAUUUACAUCACAAUGUUACAUUGGUGGAAGGAAGAAAAAGGACUCGAGAAACAAACUUGGUGGAGGAAGAAAAUGUUAACCUUGUGCGCCAAAUUUUUGUGGAAAAAAAAUAUAACAAAUUUUGCCUGACCUGGUCCGAACAUUUUUUGUCAAAUGUUGUGCUGCUAUCCAAUUAUGUUCACAACUGCCUCCCCGUUCUUUUUUCCUUCAUGCAAAGGAUUGUCAUGGUUGGGGUGAAACACACUAGACGGGGGACAGAGCGGGACGAGACUCUCACUUUACAUAGGAGAAACGUACUCAUUGCGUGGGACGAACGGGGGAGAGGCACCCAAGCAGGGCGUUCGAGGCAUGCGCGGUGUGUGCGAUUUUCACCGUAUGCACUGUGUUCACGACACGCAUCCCUCCGUAAGAAAACUCCCCAUCUGAAAAAAGGAGCAGCAUUAAACCCAUUUUCGUCCCUUUUGACGCACAUAUACCGCACAUUUAAAGAGGUUGUUGCUAAAUGCCGCCCAAAUGAUGAGGAGAAACUUACGAGCAUACCCCCCAAAUGGGAAGAAGAAUCGAUUAUGUUCAGGAACAUAAAAAAAAAUAGCAAUAACAAAAUGCGAACGAGUCUCACACACUACUACGUCAGCAGCAGUUUUAAAAAAAUCAGCGAUGGGGACUUGGUUAAUGAGAAAAACAUUCUCACCUUCUACUGCGACAUAUAUUUUAACAACAACAUUGUCGAGGUUGACGGGCCUAAGCAUUUUCUCAUUUACUACAAUUUUGAGAGAAAUGCAGACCAGGGUAGGCAGAGUAACCAGGAUAGCCACUUCGACUCGAAUUGUUACCCCUCCUUCAUCGCCAACCAUAGGGACAUUUUCGAUUUCGAUAUUCUGUUUCCCUUUUUUUUCAACAACGCGAAUGUGAGAAAUUUGAAGGACCGCCAAAGUGGCCACUUCUACUUUUAUAAUGACAAGAGCCUGAAGAAAAACUUUUUUUUGUACAUCAACGGUUAUUUUGUGAAGCACAUAAACUGCUACGAUCGGGACAUAACGAGCUUCAAAUAUUUGCACGACGUGUUGUUCAGGCGAAGGAGCGACUUCCACGUUGCGUGCGGUGGAGCGUAUCAGCAGGCACAGUGUGACAAAUGA